CUCGUCGCACUCGAGGAGGAACAUCAAAUACCAAACGUUGGGCAGUGUUGUAUACUUGCCUCACUACCAGAGCUAUUCAUAUUGAAGUAAUAGAGGAGCUAAGUACUUCAUCAUUUAUCAAUGCAACACGCAGGUUUAUUGCCAUUAGAGGACCUGUUCGACUUUUCCGCUCAGACAAGGGAACCAAUUUUGUUGGAGCGACGGACUGCAUGAAAAUUGACGCGAUCAAUGUCGAAGAUGGUCCAGUGCGACAACUUUUGAAUGACAACCGAACUUGUUGGAUUUUCAAUUCCCCACACUCGUCACAUAUGGGUGGGGUGUGGGAACGGUUAAUUGGUGUGGUGCGACGCAUUCUUGAGUCCAUGUUUGUGGAUGUUAGAGGGGACAUUACUCAUGAAGUUCUAACAACAUUUAUGGCAGAAGUGUGUUUGAUUGUGAAUUCACGACCUUUAGUACCCGUUUCUACGGAUCCAGAAAAUCCAACUGUAUUAAAUCCAACAAUGCUUCUUACCCAGAAGCCCUGUGAAGAAGGUCAAUAUCUAGACGAAAUUAGUCUUAAAGACAUGUAUAAAGCUCAGUGGCGUCGUGUUCAGUGUUUGUCCGAUAUGUUUUGGAAAAGAUGGAAGAUCGAGUAUAUACAGACACUUCAACAAAGGAAGAAGUGGUCAACAUCACAGAGAGACUUUAAAGUAGGGGAUGUCGUUUUAGUUAUUGAAGACAAUUGCCAUCGAAAUAAUUGGCCAAUGGGCAUCAUUACUGAAUUGUAUCCAAGCAAAGACGGCCAUGUUAGGAAAGUGAUGGUUAAACUCAACCGCACCGGUGAAUCAGAAUCAAAAUCUUAUGUGAGACCGAUAACUAAAAUCGUGCAAUUAAUCGAGCAUGAGGACAAGUGCAUAGGCCUGUAGAUGUGUCUAAUUCUAUGAAAGAACAUAUAACUUUAUUUUAGACCGUAAUACUGAUUUACAUAUAGGAAAUAAUUGAAAGUUAAAAUCCAAAGAUUUGUCAUAGUGUCAAGCAUUUUAUAAGAUUAUUGUAGUGGUAUUUAAUACCAGACGGGGAGUGUUACGAAACGGUUUUGUACGAAAUAAAAAUUUAGUGAGUUACCGUUCUUUAUAAAACCACGCCGUUUGUUGAAAACCAAUCUAAGCUUGUUAAAAGGGUUAUGUCGAGCUAUAAUGUAAGGAAACAGCUUAUUCGUUAACUUUUUAUAUGUAUUUUCUUUAAAAUCAACUUUACACUGUUUAUUCUAGUCAUGUUUGUAAGAAUUUUAUGUUUCUUUAUGAUUAGGUUUCGCCCUAAAAUAUGUUCGUACUCGGAGAUUUGUAUUUAAAGGGGCGAAAGGUUACGUUCGUACUCGACUAAUGUCGGAUUCGUCCUAAGCUAUUUCGUACCUUUAUAUCUAUAAGGUUUAUGGACCUUUAUGAAGGUAUAUAAUUAGAUAUAAAUAAUUCAAAUAUUAGAUAUUACUUCACACUGUCAUUUUUGUUAAUGGUUAAUGUCUAGACUACAUAUAUUCUAAGAACUUUCGUGAAAAUUGUAAGACCAGGAACAACUAUGCCAUAAUUGUAGGUAUUAUGUUACCUACGUACAUGUUAACUGAUUAAGUAUUUUUGUAACCUCAAUUUAACUUGUUCUAGUCUUUGUAAGCUGAAAGAUUGUAAAUUAAUAAUUUCAUUAUGUUUUUUGUUUGGUUUCAGCUUUUACGAUAAUAAACAACGUUCUGAGCUCGAUCUGUU